CCAGAGUCUGAAUAUCUAAUGCACAAUAAUAACGCACAGAUUACGGAACUAUUACCUGUUCAGAGUCAGAUAGCACCUAAUUCAAAUAAUAUUAAAUUGACCGAUGUCUAUCAUUUUUCAUACGUUUGUGUCAAAAUUUCUUUCAAUCUGAAUUCCACGUGUUCUAUUAUCCGUCAAUGACUCUUCAACACGCUAUAAACAAGACGAACUGGGCUAAAGUUCCAAACAGCCAAAAACAAAUACACAUUUUCAACUUCUCGCUCUCCAGAACGGCUUUAAACUACGCUGCGAGUAUGUAAUUUAUAAGCAUUUAAUGUCCCGCUUUUUUCUGUGGUCUGUUUAAGGUUGUAAUUUUUAAGUUGAAGUUUUGAAAGGUCUAGCAAUGAUACCAGUGAACCUGUCGUCAGGCUAUAUAAAAAGUUGCGAUAUUCAGACUAAAAGUUGAUAACAACAUAAGCGGGAAUUCUUGUCACUUUCGUUGGCCCUUUAUGAAUGCUUUUGUGACGACUAUUAGGCCAAGGGUUUAAAGGAUUAUAUAUUAGAAAAAUGAGAUAAGAAUUAUCAUCGGUUGGACAUUUAUCAAAGGAAGUUUUAAUUACACUGGGUCUGUUGAUUGAGAAUACACAGUCACUAACGUCUUAGGGAAGUAACCAGGCGACCCAGAAAAAGAACCAGACAUGGUACUGAAGUUGGAGUGUAACUAGGAAUAUACCCACUCUGUUUUACAUCUGUCUAGAAAAACUGACCCCGAGUGUCUUAGAUACAUGUACAUGUAUACGAUGGAAUGUAAUUCCGAUGGAGACUAAAAAACUUAUUUAUUUCCUUCCUGGUCCGAUAUUUAUGUUCAUUGGAUUGAUAAUUAACAUUGUAAGUUUCAGCACCGCUCACUGGUCUAAGGAUCAAGUGAGUAAUGCGGGACUGUGGAAAAUGUGUCUAGGACUAAGUCCAUUGGAUUCAAAAAGGCUUUGUUUUCAUUACAGCAGCCGCAGCCACCUGCCGUUGAUGACAUUUGCAUGCAGUGCUCCGUCAACAGUUGGAUUAAUUCUGUUGAUCAUUGCCACAAUAUGGUCCAUUUUCUCUUUAUUUCAAAAUAAAAAGAGAGCACGCCUAUGGACUCAGAAAUCUGCUACCGUAUGUCUGAUUUCCGUUGUGUUCAAUUUAUUCGCACUCUGCAUCUACGCUGGAUCCUUUGACUCCAUAUCCUAUGACAUGAUCCCAAAGUGGUCUGGAGUGUACGACAUGCAUUUGUCGUGGUCUUUCACUGUUGCGUGUAUAGGAACGGGUGUGUCGUUAGUUGGAUCCACGAUGUCCCUUUAUAUUGCUCUGAAAUAUGGAACCAGUGUACAUCUUUCAGCAAACGUUUCUCACGUUCCUUCUCUUCAAGUUCAUCCCCCGCCAUGUAGUCGACUUUCUUCGCCAACAAGAUUCGGAUCACCUCGUGUUUCUUCACCACUUCCAUUCAGCACCAAACGAUAUUCACCUCAAGGGUCAUAUCCAAAACGAAAUAUUACACCCGUCAAUGUAUCAUAACUAAUCUCAAAUUUUGAAUAAAAAGACAUAUGAAAAUACAGGAUAUAUGAAACGCUAUGUUGCCAAGCGUGGUCACGUUCAGAUAAAUCUUAUGACAUCAAUGUAGUUUUGUCCUUGACCUUUUGUUUCUCCAAGUAUGGAAUUUCAGCUAGUUGUAUUCGGCAUGUCUGCGUCGUCAAUCUGGUCAAUGGUUUCCACUAGAAUUUUUGCUGUAGUAAUAAAUACGCCAAAUACGCUUGGGUUUUUAACUUUAUCGCUAGGUGGGUUUUUUUUUACGCAAAUAUCGAGCCCGAUGAAAAACAAUUAUGAAAUUCCUUAACAAGUUUUAUUCGAGCACUAAGCUUUUGCAAAGUCAACAAAGUAAUGCAUAUUUAGUUCACUUUGUAUCUUUUAAUUAUAAUGUUUGAUAAAUAUAAGCUAUACUUUGUCCUAAACCGAUUUCAGUUUAAGGUGCGAGGAAAUACACACCCGUCAGUGGUUUCCAAUUUAUUUCUUUAAAAAAAUUCAGAUGCCAUUACCAAUGUCUUAUAUUAAUCAGACGUCAGGCUUUUAUCAAUUACCUGCAUUAUGUACAUAUUGUUUUAGUACUUUCUCUCAGCCCGUGCAUCUGUCUGUCACAAAAUCGUGUGAACACUUCUCCUUCUGUACAGCUUAUCGGAUAGACUUGCAACUUUGUGCAAUGCGUAUUGCCGGGAAGUGAGGAUCCAAUUAUUUUCCUUAAAGUUAUAAUGUAUUUAGGAGGGGUGGAGGAUGUAAAACAGCCUGUGGACACUUCUCCUAUAUGGUUAUCAGAUAGACUUGCGACUUUGUACAAUGAUUCAUUGCCAUUUGACGGGAAAGGAGGAUCAAUUGUUAUCCUUGAAGUAAUACAGGAAUGCUUACUCCUCCUAGGCACCUGAUCCCACAUCUGGUGUGUCCAGGGGCCCGUGUUUGCCCAACUUUCUAUUUUGUAUUCCUUAUAGGAGUUAGGAGAUUGACCACUGUUUGUUAUCUUCACCUUUCAUGUAUUAGCUCUAAAUCUGAACAUUUUAUUUUGCUGUACAAAUGUGCAAUUAUGAUAGUCUUGUAUGUAACUUUAACAAUAGUCAUUGAUAAAAUUAACAUUAAGAUUAAGAUUAUAGCAAAAUAAAGAUUUUGGUUCUAUUGAAUAUAUAGCAUUAUAUAGAAAUAAUUUUUUGGUUUGGGAAGACAAUAAUGUAAUUUUAAUUCAUCCAGAGCCUCUGGAUAGGUUUUCUAACACAAAUAUUUAAUAACAAAAGUUUAUAAACCUUGUUUUGUAUAUCAUUAAAAUAGUAAAUCACAA